GACAAAUAUAUACCUGGCAGAUACGUUUAUUACAUAGGUGUGUUGACAAAGGAACACUGUAACAGCUAAGAUGCAGUCAGGCAGAAAGAUGAAUGACCAGAUGGCCAUAGACAGAUGGGCAGGUUUGAGAGCAGACAACAUGAGUGCUUUAGAAGAAAGGGCUACAGUUAUGUUGUGGGCAGCCUUACACAGACAGGAUAUAGGAGCUGUACAAAAUAUGAUCCGAGAUGGAGUAGAUGUCAACGAACAAGAUAUUAAUGGGAUGACACCACUGUUGGUGGCCUGCUAUAUAGACAGUAUAGAUUUAGUGGCUGAGCUACUGAGGGCUGAUGCUUGUGUUAACAGUGUUAAUAAUACUGGACAUUCUGCCUUGUACUUGGCUGCUAAGAAUGGUAACAACCAAAUUGUAGAUUUAUUAUUACAGUAUAAGCCAAGAGUCAAUGCUAUGUCUAAGUUCAGUGGUAUGACAGCUCUUCAUGAAGCUUCACACAAAGGUCAUCAUCAGGUCGUACAAACUUUGUUAGAGCAUGGAGCUGAUGUGAAUGCUCUGGAUAAGAUGAAUAAGAUGCCUGAAUUCUAUGCAGCAAACCAAGCAACAAAAGAUUUAUUUAAGAGAUUUAGAGAGAGGUACCCACAAUACAACAUCUCACACGAAACAAACGGAUUCCGACCUAAAACAGAUGAUUCAGAGAUUGAUGAGAUAUUGAAAAAAUAUGCAGAAGACAGCAAGAAACCAGAGGAUAAUGAGAAGCUUGAAGAGUUAUUCAAACCACUUAGUUUUGAGGACAUUUAUAAAAAAAAUGGUGAUGAGGGAACAAACAAAUCAUAUAAAAGAGAACCUGUCGUUCCAAAGCAGUUCUCUCUCAAUACAGAGCUUGGAACAGAGGGCAAGAUUUCAUCAACAAGGGAUUUAAUUCAGAAAAAGCUAGACGAAUAUAAAGUGCCACCAAAGCAAGAUUCUCAAUAUUCGAAAAGAGUGGCUUCCCAAAAGGUGGCACCUAUGGAAGAGUCCCAAAAGGUGGCACCUACAGAAGGUACUCAAAGAGUGGCAACAGAAGAUACUCAAAAAGUUACACCAACAGAAGAUACUCACAAAAUGGAACCAACUGAAGUUUCUCAAAAAAUUGAACCAAUUGAGGAUUCUCAAAAAGUGGAUUCAGCUGAAAAUUCUGAGAAAAUCAAAGCAAGGAAAAUGAAUGUUUUUGACAGAUUAUCUAAAAAGUAAUAUAUCUUCAGACAAUUUGAGAAAAAUAAAUCGCUCACACUCAAAACAUUUUGAUGCAAGUGACAAGGUUCAUGUGCUUUUCUCAAAGGAAUAAUAAGCUUCUAUGUACAGAUAAUUCAAAUUCUUCAAAUGGAUAAAAACUUCAUCAUUUAGUUGAUUAUUUUAUAAAUUCUUAAUAAAGUUACAUUCAAGA